GUAUCUCACGCCCUCUGUUGCCCUAUAAAGCCCCAGGAUAAGAGUAUGACAGACCGCUGCACAUCUAGUCCACAGGCCUCCCACUGGCCCCAGACGACUCUGUUUCUUUGCCCAUGAAAUCAUGAAGACAAUGGAAGCCACCCACCCUUCUAUGAAGCAAUGAAGUCCUUCUCAUCCUGGUCUGACCCCCUUGUUGGGUAACUUUGUAUGAUUCCAUUUUAUCCGCUCUGCCUUAGUCUCCACACCUUAUAAAGUUGGGCCAUGGCACUUACGUCUUAAAACAGAAGGACAAUGCCACCCUCUCUCUUUCACAACCUGCUCUUGCUAGCAGGUCUGUGCUGUCUGCUCCCUGGCUCCCAGACCAAAGGUCAUCAAAUGACAGGUAACUCAGGCCAUGACAAGAACCAGAAGGGCCCCCAAUGCCAGAAUUUCGCCCUCACCAUUACCAACGUAUCCUUGUCCUUGCUCCAAAAGGCAAUCCAUUGGUCUGGACACACCAAUAUUGUGUUCUCCCCAGUGAGCAUUACAGCCGCCUUCACAAUGCUCUCCCUGGGAGCUAAAGGCAACACUCACAAGCAAAUCUUCAGUGGGCUGAGAUUCAAUCUCUUAAAGAUGCCUGAAAUGGAGAUCCACAGGUGCUUCCAGCACGUCCUCCAAAAAUGCCUCCAGCCAAACUACCAGAUCCAGAUGAUCACUGGCAGCAGCCUGUUCAUUGAUAAGCGUCUAGAGGUGGCAGACAAGUUCAAAAAGGUGAUUACAGAGUUGUACCACUCAGAAACCAUCCCCACCAACUUCAGGGACAUUCAAGAAGCCAAGACACAAAUCAACAAACACACGUUGAAGAGAAGCUAUGGAUAUAUAUCAGAGGUGGUCGAGGACCUGCCGAUAGACACAGCUCUUGCCCUGGUGAACUACCUCUCCUUCGAAGGAAUCCGGAAUGAUAACUACGCUGAUCAAACUACGAAAGUUGAGUUCUACCUGGAUACAGGAGAGGUGGUUUAUCUGUCUAUGAUAAACCGCCUGGAUAAAUUUUACCUGCAAAAGGAUAGGCAUCUGUUCAGCUGGGUGCUGAUGCAGCACUAUGUAGAGAAUUCCAUGGCCUUCUUCAUCUUGCCAGACCCGGGGAAGAUGCAGCAACUGUUACAAAACCUGAGCCCUGAGUACCUCAAUAGCAUCCAGAGGAACAUGAACCAAAGGGUUGUCAACUUAAAUUUCCCCAAAUUUACCGUUUCUGCAACCUAUGACCUGGAGACAGUCAUGAGGACACUGGGCAUCACCCAAAUCUUCAGCAACAAUGCUGAUCUUUCAAAAGUCACAAAGGAUGCUCCUGUGAAGGUAUCCAAGGCUGUGCAUAAGACUGUGCUGGCAAUUGAAGAUACAGACAGAAAAAAUGCUCAGUUUUCUAAUGUAUUCGGGAUUUCCUCACCUAAAGUCCCCACUGUCAAGUUCAACAGACCCUUCCUAGUCAUCAUCAAAGACAAAGCCUUAGAUCUUCCUUUCAUUGUGGGCAAAAUAGGGGAUCCCAAAACACGCAAAAUUAUCAGCAACUUUGAGUGUCAGUUCACCAAGAUGGAGGAUUUCCACUUAGGUUAUAGGAAGACCAUCAAAGUACUGACGGUCAAUAAUGUGGAUGUGUAUCACCUGUUCCGAGUCAAGGAUCUGUCUAGCAUGGUGCUGGUGUGUAUGGUCACAGCCAUGACCUGCUUCAUCAUACCUGAUAAGGGGAAGAUACACCAGGUAGAGGAGAGACUGACAUACCCACACUUCUGCCGGAUGAAUCAACAAUUUAGCUUAAGGGUGGUCAAGGUACACAUUCCUGAAUUGUCGGUGUCUGAGACCCAUGAUGUGGAGUCAAUGAUGACCCUACUAGGAAUCACCAUUUUCAACAAGGAAGCCAACCGCACAUUGGCUGUGGAGGACACACCCCAGGAGUCCUUCAAGGUGAGGUCACCUCACAGUGCUGUUCAGUGUCUGUUUGAGUCAAAGAGGGUAGAGGUGCAGCUCAGGUGUGAGGUUAAGGAGAAGGAAAAGGGAAUGGAUCAAGUCAAGGAUGAGCUCCUCCGGAGGACCUUUGGGAUUUAUCUGGAGGAUGGGGUCAGAGGUCAAAGCUGCAACAGGAAAAUUCUUGGGCUGCUGAUAAUGUAA